UUUCGCGAGCGUGUAUAUAUUCUUUUUUUCUGUCUUCUCUAAUGACGACAGGUAAGCGAUCUGGAUGGUAGUCACCGAUGUCGACACGGUCCCUGAUUUCUUCAAGAAAUUCAGUUAGCGCAAUCUUCAGGUCAUCAAAGUAUUCUACUGGUAUUUCCCGAAUUCGAGCCACGCGCUCCGCUUCCGCUGCCGCUGUCGAAUCCGCCUCGUUGGUCUCGCUCAGCUUUCCAGAGGAGAUCAAAGACAGCAGGGAUUUCUUGUCACUGGGAGGUGGAUCCAGAGGACGGGUUAAAAGUUCUUGCUCCUUUGUUCCCCAACCUGGAAGCUGAUUCCGGAAACAGUAGGUAACAGACAGAGUAGUUUCAGUCACUUGUUGCGUCUGAUGCUAAACGCGUUUCUAAGCUGCUUAUCCGUACGUGUGACUCAGAAGUUAGACUUUCCUGUAGCCGAGGCCAUUUUCAGUUGCAUUCUGUCUCGCUUGCCUACAUGUUCGCAUUCUUCGGAACUGCCAUGUGGAGGCAGUGUUUCAUUGCGGCGCGUCCCCCCGAGGAUAGCGAGGGUGUCGGCGAAUCAAGAAUUCAUUUAUCGAACUCUAUGGGCCCAAAGGAUGGUCAUAAAGCUUACUUUGUACUUCCCUUUGAAGAACUGGUCCACUCCACACGGGAUUCGAAGGGCUUCGACAUGCCUGAUCAGGAAUGAAACUUCGAGGGUUACCAGCAGCUUCGGAUAGUCGACGAGUACCGACAUACUGAGAAAACAUCGGAGCGAAAGAAAAGCAUGGCAACCACAUGCUGUUUUGUGCGAGUCUCAGACUCCAUGCGAUGCCGAUAGGCCGUCUGAACUCGUGCCAGGCGAAUAUCAUAUUUAUCUGCUGCCAAAAUUCACAAGUUUUAGAGAGACAGGGGCAUCACGGUGAGACGCCCGCUUGUCAUGAAAGCGUCGUUCGUACGGCGGAAGCCUUACUCGAUAGUUACGGGUCUUCGGCCUAUAGAAUUCGUGGUCGUUCAUCAUCGGAUUUACUUCUGUAAUCCAUUCAUCCCCAGUGUAGGCGUCAAAGAGCACGAAACCAAACAACGGCUGGCGCUACAAGAUCGCAGCAUACAGAAAUGAGCAGCUCCCUGGCAGA